GGACAGCUCUUUGGGAUCUAGCUGGAGGGGACUCUGGGGCGGGCGGCUGAACGGUAAUGCUCCCGCCGCGCAGAGACUUUUAUCGUUUUUAGGAAAGCGGCGGUGUGUGGAAUGGGGCACCGCUGAAGGAUGCAGCUUUCUUUUGUGCAUGUAACUUCCUGGAGUCCGGGCGGAAGUCACUGCGCCCGAGCUCUUUGGUUUCUGACAGUUUAGAGGCCCUGGGCCAUGGAGUUGAACUCUGUUAAACCUGUUUCUAGACACAGCUCGAGAUCCCCGCACUGGACGGGGAGGUGGGCGGCGGUCGUGAGGUUGUCUGCGGAAUAGGCCAGAUUUUGGUAUGGAACCUGCAUGACUCCAGAUGUUAGCAGUUUGAAAUUCUACUGCAGAGGAGGAGAAGCUUUCAAGUGACAAGCAUUUCUAAGAGUCUGGAAGUGUGGACCUGUAUGAUUUGUUCAAGUGGAAUUGUCAUUAUCAUGGCUGAAAAUGACAUAGACAGAAGUCAGACUGAGAAACUCCUAAAAAGAAUACAAGAACUGGAACAGGAGGUGCAACAACUUAAAAAGGAACAGAUCAAUAACAAGGACUCAAAUGUUAGAGGACACUCUUCUGGAGCUGGAAAGGCUAAGCGGACGUUUGAUUUCAGUGCACACGGCCGAAGGCAUGUAGCCCUAAGAGUAGCUUAUCUCGGCUGGGGAUACCAAGGCUUUGCUAGUCAGGAAAACACAACCAACACCAUUGAAGAGAAAUUGUUUGAGGCAUUAACCAAGACUCGACUAGUAGAAAGCAGGCAGACAUCCAACUAUCACCGAUGUGGACGAACAGACAAAGGAGUGAGUGCCUUUGGCCAGGUCAUUUCUCUUGACCUUCGUUCUCAGUUUCCAAUGGCCAGAGAUUCAGAAGACUGUAACCUGAAAGAUGAAACCAGUGAUGCUGCUAAGGAGAUCCAUUAUACUCACAUCCUCAAUCGGGUGCUCCCUCCAGACAUCCGUGUACUGGCCUGGGCCCCUGUAGAUCCUGGCUUCAGUGCCAGGUUCAGUUGUCUUGAGCGGACUUACCGCUAUUUUUUCCCUCGUGCCGAUUUAGAUAUUGAAACCAUGAACUGCGCAGCCCAGAAGUAUGUUGGCACGCAUGAUUUCAGGAAUUUGUGUAAAAUGGAUGUAGCCAAUGGAGUUAUCAAUUUUCAGAGAACUAUUCUGUCUGCUCAGGUACAGUUAGUGGGCGAGGAGAGAUGGCAAGACCCUUUCCAGUUAUGUCAAUUUGAAGUGACUGGCCAGGCAUUCCUUUACCAUCAAGUCCGUUGUAUGAUGGCUAUUCUCUUUCUGAUUGGCCAAGGAAUGGAGAAACCAGACAUCAUUGAUGAGCUGCUGAAUGUAGAGAAAAAUCCCCAGAAACCUCAAUAUAGUAUGGCUGUUGAAUUCCCUCUUGUCUUAUAUGAUUGUAAGUUUGAAAAUAUCAAGUGGAUCUAUGACCAGGAGGUUCAGCAGUUCAAUGUCACCCACCUACAGCAACUAUGGGCCAAUCAUGCUGUCAAAACUCAUAUGUUAUAUAGCAUGUUACAGGGACUGGACUCUGUUGCAGUAUCUUGUAGGACAGGACCAACAACGGAUGGAAUGAUAGAAUGGAGAAAUGUUAAGCCCCCUGUCAUAAAACACAUCAGUGCCUUUAUAGAAGGGGUGAAAAUGCGCACAUAUAAGCCCCUCAUGGAUCGUCCCAAAUGCCAAGGAUUGGAAUCCCGGAUCCAGCAUUUUGUACGUAGGGGACGCAUCGAGGAUCCACAAUUACUCCACAAGGAAGAAACCAAAGGCAAAAGGGACUGUAAUGACAAACUAGAGGAAAAUGCUAUUUUUGAGACUCCAACAAAGAAGAUCUGUGUUGAUACAGAAAUUAAAAGUAUUAUUUCAUCAUAGAAAAUCCACCAGGAUCUAGAAAGCAACAACCACACAGUGAUGGGAAGACAGAAAAGACAUACAAAGGUAGUAUUUGCUGCAAGAAGGCCUAAAAUUUCAUAAGAUUUGCCCUUGUGAGAUUGAGGGAUUCGUUUGUGUCUUCCUGGAAACCUCUGCCUUGUACUGAGAUCUUUAGAAAAUGUUCUUACUGGUGUCUAAGGUAUAGAAGCUUUUAUUACAAAGCUUGUAAAUCUACUGCAGAGGUUGGAAAAUUUCCUAGGAUGAACCACAGAGUAAAUAAAUGUUUUUAGGUUCUAUGAA